AUGAGGAGGUGCGGCGGGGAUGCAGCGGCGGCGGCGGCGGCGGAGGAGCUGGAGACGGAGGGCGAGAGGCAGCUGAAGCGGCUGCUGCGCCACCAGCUGGAGACGGCGGCGUCGCUGGAGCAGUGCGUGGCCAAGCGGCACCGCUUCACGCCGGCCACCGUCUACCGGCCCUUCGGGAAGGAGGCGGCCGGCGCCCGCAGCUUGCCGGAAUUCCGGGCGCUGCAGGAGAGCAGCGGGGAAGCGGCCUCCCUGCAGGAGCUGGGCCUUUCCGACGCCGAGAUCCGCCUCUGGAGGCAGCGGGACCAGAAGAGCCCUGGGCUUGGGGCAGCGCCGGAGGCCACCCAGGACAGGAUCCGAGCCAUCCAGGAAAAGAUGGCCGAGCGCCAGCGCAUCCUCUCCCUGCCGCAGCACUUUGCGGGCAGCAAGUCCCUCAGCAGGCGCGAGAUGGAGAUUGAGAAGGCGCUUUUCCAGGGAACGGACCGCCAUUCCUUUCUGCGGAUGUUGUAUCGCCAAGAUGAAGCUCGGCCGGAGGUUGCCCCUGAGACGGGCCCAACGGCUCCGCUGGACACGGUUUAUCGGGAGCUCCUGAGCGAACCGUUGUCAAGCCAGAGGCCACCGGAACCAUCCAGGUCUCCCCAGAAGGUGCCUGAUCCAUCUGGCUUUACCCCCUUCAGUAGCCUUGGAGUGGCUCCCCCAGCCCCGGAGCCCGUGAUGGUGACGGAGCCCGUUGCGUGUGUGCCGGAAGAGGAGAUUCUCCAGAACCGCCUUUCCAAAGAAGAAAUCCUCCGGAUCCCCAGAUUUUCCUCUUAUAGCCCAGGGGAGCCAAGCCAGGUGCUGUACGUGAAAAAUCUGAGUCGCAGCGCCACAGUGAAGGACCUGCUGCCCUUGUUCUCCCGCUUCCAAGAGAAGGAUGCCACCCCCCUUCGUCUGCGCCUGCUGAGCGGGCGCAUGAAAGGCCAGGCCUUCCUCACCUUUCCCACCGUGUCCCAGGCCCAGGAAGCCUUGGAGCUGCUCAACGGGUUCCUCCUGCGAGGGAAGCCGCUCAUCCUCGAGUUUGGCCGGAGUGGGAAGCCGGCUUCCGCCCUGGGCCCCGGAACCAACUCUGCACUCCGGGAGAACGGCGGACAGUCGGACAAAUCCUACAGCGUUGGGGUAGCUUGA